AUGCCCUACGCCACCCUGGGGCUGACCCAGUUCGAGGUGAAGAAGCUCGAGAUCUUGCUGAACCAGUACACCCACCCCGCGGCACGGGUGGCGUUCUACUUUGCCCUUUUCCUCGUCGCCUACGCUUACGGGCUCGACGGUAAUAUUCGGUACGUGUUCCAGGCGACGGCGGCGCUGUCGUAUCUGAGCCACUCGCUUUACGCUACCGUCAAUGUCAUUAGGGCGGUGGUGGCCGCCGCCGCUCAAUUUGCCUACGCUCGGUUAUCCGAUACUUUUGGCCGUCUCCAGUUGCUUGUGGUGCUGAUUUUGUUCUACGUCGUUGGUACCAUUAUCACGUCUCAGGCCUACGAUAUCCAGCGGUUUGCUGGGGGCUCGGUGUUGUACCAGAUCGGUUAUACUGGUUUGAUGAUUGUCUUGCAGCUUUUGAUCAUGGACAACUCGACGUUGAACUGGCGGAUGGCGUGUCUGUUUAUCCCUGCGUUGCCUUUCAUUAUCAAUACCUGGAUUUCCGGCGACAUCACCCUGGCCAUCGGCACCAGAUGGUCGUGGGGGAUCGGGAUGUGGGCGUUCAUCUUGCCGUUGGCGUGUGUCCCUUUGCUCGUGAUGUUGGUCCACAUCGAGUGGAUGGCCCGUAAGACUCCCGAAUGGCAGCAAUUGAUGGACUCUCGUGGUAAGUCCAUUGACGACCAAGGCAAGGCCGUCGUCGACGAAAACGGCAAGCCCAUCAUCGUCGAAAAGGUGUCGUGGUUGGCGUACUUCGUCGACUUAUUCCACCGGCUCGACGUCAUUGGCCUUCUCCUCGUCGUGUGUGUGUUUGGUUUUAUUCUCGUUCCCUUCACCAUUGCUGGUGGUGUCCAAGAACAAUGGAAGACGGCGAAGAUUAUUGCUCCUCUCGUCAUUGGUUUCUGUUUGAUCCCCGUGUUCGUCGUGUGGGAGACCAAAUUCGCUAAGAACCCGUUGCUUCCCGGCCACUUGAUGAGAGACCGAGGCGUGUGGCUGGCGAUGAUCAUCGGUGUUUUCGUCAACUGGGUGUGGUACAUGCCCAACGAUUACAUGUAUACCGUGUUAGUCGUUGCCGUCAACGAGCUGGUGACGCUGGCGACGCGGAUCACGUCGCUCUACUCGUUUGUCUCGGUGAUCACCGGGUCCAUCGUCGGGUUAUUCGUGGUCAAGUUCCGCCGGUUGAAACCUUUGAUCAUUUUCGGGAUCUGUGUGUGGUUUGUCGCCAACGGUUUGCUCGUGCACUACCGCUCGGGUGACGACGCCCACCUGGGGAUCAUCGCCGGGCUCGUUCUCUUUGGCUUCGGCGCGGGGUUCUUCACUUACGCCACCCAGGCUCUGAUCCAAGCGUGCACCAGCCACCAGCACAUGGCCGUGGUCACCGCCGCCUACUUGUCGCUGUACAACAUCGGUUCCGCCAUCGGUGCCUCGAUUUCCGGGGCGGUGUGGACUCAGUUGUUGUACAACAAGUUGGUGGAAAAGAUGGGCGACGCCGCUCUCGCCAAAACGGCGUACGGGUCGCCGUUUGAGUUCAUCGUCGACUACCCGUGGGGCGACCCCACCCGGAUGCAAAUGGUCCACGCCUACCGCGAGGUGCAGAAGAUCCUCUGUGUCAUUGGUCUCUGUCUCGUGGCGCCGAUGUUGAUUGUGCUGUUCUUCCUCCGUGACCCUAAGCUUGAACUGAAACAGGCGUUGGAGGGUAUCGAAGAGAAGAACGCUAAACAGGGGUUGAAGGGGGUGUUUGACGUGUUUAAGAUGAAGAAGUCGGAAGAGUCACACGAAAAGACGAUGGACAUCGGCGUCGCCGAGAUCAGCGCCGAUGAAGACACCGGGUCGUCCUCGGAAGCGAAGCACGAGUCGUCCGACGAACAAAAGUAG